CGUCAACCAGUCGAGGCUUACUCUUUUCAGCCUGCUGGAUGUGAGAGAACGACAGCCAAUUCAGGCGGCACAGGCCCCCGCGCGCAGGCGCGGCUGCCCCAAAGCGACAACUGACUCAAGGCGCAGCCAUGGCGCCAACGCAGGCCACCCCGCGCCCCCUGGUUGAAUCAAACACUCGAGAGAGGAACAAUGAUGCAUGUUUCGAAUCCGGCCCGGCCCCCGAGCGCCGCCGGCCCGGCGCCGAGCGCGGGCUCGCCGCCGCCGCCGCGCUGGACCACGGCGACCGCGCGAACUACAACCUAUGGUACGAGAGCGCGGUGCGCCGCCACGACGCCCCCAGGCCGAUGAAACAAGCCCCACCACCGCCACCGAGGAAGGCCCACCUCCUCGCGUUACCAGCGGAGCUCCAGCGCGAGAUCACGGCCUACUACUGCGGGUUAGAAUGCCCUCUACCAGAAGCUCUGGAAAGACAGGCGGCCUACCAGGCGUGGCUCGCGGAACUGGACGACAUAAGGCACAACGUGAAGAUCGGCGACCAGGAAGUCAUCGUGCGCACGUUGCGACAGUGGGCCGAGAGCGGCGUCGUGUCGAUCCACCCGCGGCCGCCGGUGCGCCGGAGCCCGCACCCGGAAUUGUGGCACCGGUCGGCCGAGGAGAUCGCCAUGUAUAGAAGGCAGGCGUUCGGGUCUGUGUGUAAAUCAACCAGUGCGUCGCGUGCACCCGACAAUUCUUCACUAAGUCAUUUCUCGGCGAUGACGCGGCCGUCCUGGCGCGGUCGAGCGGUGAGGAACCGGCAUCGUCACGCCAUCGAGCAGGCGUCGCGUCGAUGGCGUGGAGGACGACGCGUUGAUUCAGCACGAACGCGCCGUAAAUUCUGGUUUCCACACAGGUUCGGGUUGUUUCGCUGGCGGCUGCACUACUAUCGAACGUGGGAGAAGGUCGCGAAGGUGUUUAGGAGGGUGACGGAGCAGCUCCGGCGGCUUCUCCGGCCGGCGGAGGAGCCUGCGGCUUCUCCGGCCGCGGAGCCGGCAGAGGAGCCGACCGAGGAGCCUCCCCAGGAGCCGACGACCGAACCGACCGCGGAAGAGACGGCGGAGCCGACCGAGGAGCCGGCCGAGGAGCCGCGGGUCCUCGGUCAGCCGCGGCUCCUCGGCCAGCGCGAGUUCGUCCCCUACGACGGGCCGCGUUAUGCCCCCUACGACCCCGAGCUGGAGUAAGCUUUGUAUGAUG